AUGAACACACUUGUCUCCAGCAAAAAUGGACCACCCAGCUCUACUCUUGUCCACCAGCCACCACUGCAGCACCUACUCUGCAGUACCUUCCUUCCUUGCAAGUCACCAACACUCAUCCCACAGCAGACAGUCCCUGCUCCAAACAACACCAGCAGCAUGAACUUUGGCUCUCGUCCACUCCCCAAGAAGGGCCUGGACAUUUCAAACCUUCCUGUAUGGUGUGCUGAUGGGAGCUAUGCUCCCAAGAAGGACUCCUGGAGGUACAUUGUCCAGCACUGGACAGAAGCCGAUCCUAGAUGUGGCCUGCAUGUGGCCCUCCAAGACUGGCCAGCUGCAUGGCUCAAGGGAAAGAACAAAGCCAUCUUCGGCUCGAAGUACCACCAGCAUGCUCUCAUUGUGCUGGAGUUCCUUGAACAGUACCAAGGAAAUGAGUCAGUGUUCCUCACCACACAUCCAGAGUAUGAAGAAGGAUACACAGCCCUGCUCACCACCAUCAAAUGUGCUAAGAAGGACCAUGGAGAGAUCAUCCCCCACAAGUAG